AUGUUCAACCUUCCCUUCGCCCAUCUUGACAAGUAUGGCUCCAACUGUGUCUAUCCAGACCUCAGUGGCAUCGUGUACCGGCGACUAUGGCUACAACAUGCUCCGCGCAAGUGUGUCUAUUGUCAGGCAAUGCUGGAUCGCUACCCCUUUCCAACCGUCAAUCGAAUUAUCACUGCCUGUGGAGACUGCUUCUACCGUCAAACCAUGGACACAAAGAUUUACUUUUCACACAGCAUUCUACCGUCUUAUGUUGAUCCACAAAAUGUCUCCACCAAAAAGAAGCCAUUCUCUGCAUUGAACAAGCAAAAGUACAGCCACACCCUCGACUUGAUACUCCCGGAAGAAAUCUAUGAGCUUUUAAAAGAUGGAUUACAGCGGAAUGAUGGUCCAGCAAGAGCACGGUAUGCACGAGUACAUAUGAAGCUCGGAGAAAUCUUGGACAAAGAGUUCUUGGACGGGUACAUCAAGCAAGGAAGCAUUGCGAUGCUGAGCGAAGGCCGGCCGCUUGUAGACGAUCGGUUUGAGCUCUAUGAUGGUAUUCUACGGAUGGAGCUCACACGCCCAACGUAUGAACGAUGCGGCUUGCAUGGCACACCGAUCGAAGACGGCGGAAAGAAACAUCAAAAGCAACGGUGGAUCGUCGAGUAUGAUUUGCGCGCCACUUCCGCUAAGCAUGGCAAGAGUGGCUUCUCAAGACUAGAGUGGGCAUGCAAGAACGUUCUUGAUCGUUCGCUUACCUGGCUGUUUUAUAACUUCAAUCCUUCGUCUGCCGAGUCGUUGAGUGAAGGAAAAGAAGUCAUUUUGAAACACUCGCCUUGGUUACAUGACAUUGUACCUGAGCAGUCGAGUUUGGGGGAGGUUCUCGUGCCUCAAUUUUCCCCGGGCGACCUCGCAGACUUGUACGCGGAGGAAGAUGCACUGGGCUUGUUGGAAUACCUCCACAUGGUCAGUCUCGAUUCGCCGCGCGUUAGAAAAGGGGACGACAUCAAUCACCAUCUAUCACGAUACGAGGUGCCAGAUUUUGGUAAAGGCGUCGGGUCAUGUCGUAUGGUUGUCAUGCGCUGGAAGGGGUUUAUAUCUCCAGCUUUCGUUCGCAGUCUCUUCCUUGCUAUCCGCAAAGAUGCAUUCAGAAAUAAAAAGAAGGGAAAUGGCGCGCAAGGAGACCUCAGUAUGGAAGGAAGUAGUAUUGUCGAGGGAGGUGAAGCACAGUGGUUUGCUAUGAGCGCAAGUGGUUUUGGAGGUACAAAUUCCUGGACUAUCAUGCAGUUUGCAGACCGGCAGACACUGACAUGGGAGGUGGAGACUUGAACUGGCAGUGAAGACAAGAAUAUGUUUACUCAUAAUUCUGCUGAACGCAGCUCUCACUACUGAUUCUUUUUGGUUUUCUCAACAGAAAAGGGCGGGCCGCUUCUCUGCCAUCCCAAGACUUUCAUGCACCAUAUGUCAGUUCGGGAUACGAGUUAGUAAUAGUGACACACAAUUGUCUCAUACGAUACUAUCGUAUGUUCACGUUGAUCCACUUCUAUUGCCAAGUCGUAUACUCACCACUUGCUCCCUUCCAUCCUUCAACGCCUCUCCCCAAGCCCACCACAUGCAUCAUGUAUUCCCCU